AAAUUUUCGAAAAAGUCUUUCAACUCCUCGAAGAAAGCACACGACUUUUUUUCUCUCUCCUCUCUCUCUCUCUCUCGCAACGCGAUCGAUUAGAGAUGUCGUUGUUACACACUUUCAAACAGACUUUGAAGCCAUGUAGUAGUACCUUCCCGUCGUCGUCAUCAUCAUCAUCAUCAUCAUCGUCGUCGUCGCAAAUCUCAUCGACACAAGAGUUGGAACCGACGAGAAAACCUCCCAAAUCGUCUCUCUCGCAGCAGCUACUCCGUCUCGAUGAUUCAUACUUCUUACCCUCCAAACACGAAUCCAGAAUCUCGAAACCCCAGGUCGAAGAACUCGAUCUUCCCGAAGAAACCCACAAAAGAAGUAUCAAAUUUGAUGAAGAAGAAGAAGAAGAUAAUGAGAAAUCGAUUGAAUUCGGGAGAACCGGGUUAAACCGGGCCGAAUUUGACUACUCCGGUCCUUACGAACCACUCGUUCUGUCAUCAAUUGGAGAAAUCCCGAUCAUACAGGUACCUUCUUCGAUCAACUGUAGAUUGCUUGAACACCAACGAGAAGGAGUAAAGUUUCUGUAUAAUCUCUAUAAAAACAACCAUGGAGGCAUUCUUGGCGAUGACAUGGGCUUGGGGAAGACCAUUCAGACGAUUGCAUUUCUUGCUGGAGUUUAUGGAAAAGACAGCGACGCUGGUGAUACGUCUGUUGUUCCGGAGUGUGAAAAGGGUCCUGUGCUAAUCAUCUGUCCAUCUUCGGUUAUCCACAACUGGGAGAGUGAGUUUUCACGAUGGGCCAGCUUCUUCAAGGUCUCUGUGUACCACGGAGCAAACCGAGAUAUGAUUCUUGAGAAACUCAACGCCCGUGGUGUCGAGGUGCUCGUGACUAGUUUUGAUACGUUUAGAAUCCAAGGCCCUGUUUUGUCAGAGAUUAACUGGGAGAUAGUGAUUGCUGAUGAGGCACACCGUCUAAAGAACGAAAAGUCGAAGCUUUACGAGGCGUGUCUUAAGAUCAAGACGAAGAAAAGACUCGGUCUUACGGGCACAGUGAUGCAGAACAAGAUCACUGAGCUGUUCAACCUUUUUGAGUGGGUAGCGCCAGGAUCGCUGGGGACUCGUGAGCAUUUCAGAGAGUACUAUGACGAACCGCUAAAGCAAGGGCAGAGAGCAACUGCUCCGGAGAGAUUUGUCCACAUUGCAGAUAAGAGGAAACAGCAUCUGGUCAGUGUUCUAAGUAAGUACAUGUUGAGGAGGACGAAGGAGGAAACCAUUGGGCAUCUGAUGAUGGGGAAGGAAGACAACGUAGUCUUCUGUCAGAUGAGCGAGUUGCAGAAACGUGUGUACCAAAGAAUGUUGCAACUCCCAGAGAUUCAAUGCCUUGUGAAUAAGGACAAUCCUUGCGCUUGUGGAAGCCCACUUAAGCAAUCAGAGUGCUGCAGAAGGAUUGUUCCUGAUGGACCUAUCUGGAGUUACAUCCACAGAGACAGUCCAGACGGUUGUGAUUCAUGUCCUUUCUGUUUGGUGCUUCCAUGCCUUGUGAAACUUCAGCAGGUGAGCAAUCAUCUGGAGCUUGUCAAACCGAACCCUAGAGAUGAGGAGGAGAAGCAGAAGAAGGACGCAGACUUUGUAUCUGCGGUGUUUGGGACUGAUGUUGAUCUAGCAGGAGGUGUUUCCGCAAGCGAAAGCUUCAUGGACCUUAGUGAUGUGAAACACUGUGGGAAAAUGAGAGCUUUGGAGAAGCUGAUGGCUUCUUGGAUCUCAAAGGGGGAUAAGAUACUUCUCUUCAGUUACUCUGUCAGGAUGCUGGACAUACUGGAGAAGUUUCUGAUCAGAAAAGGUUAUAGUUUUGCAAGACUUGAUGGUUCUACUCCGACUAAUCUGAGACAGUCUCUUGUAGAUGAUUUCAAUGCGAGUCCUAGCAAACAGGUCUUUCUGAUAUCAACUAGAGCUGGUGGGUUGGGACUAAACCUUGUGAGUGCCAACCGUGUGGUUAUAUUUGAUCCAAAUUGGAACCCUUCUCAUGACUUGCAAGCGCAAGACAGGUCAUUUCGGUAUGGACAGAAACGUCAUGUGGUGGUUUUUCGUUUGUUGGCUGCUGGCUCCCUUGAGGAACUAGUUUAUACAAGACAAGUGUACAAACAGCAGCUUUCCAACAUUGCAGUUGCAGGGAAGAUGGAGACUAGGUACUUUGAAGGAGUCCAGGACUGUAAAGAGUUUCAAGGGGAGCUGUUUGGGAUUUCAAAUCUUUUCCGUGAUCUCUCUGAUAAGCUCUUCACUAGCGAGAUCGUUGAAUUGCACAGGGAUAGUAAGAUAGGUGUUUCAGAUGAUGAUGAAGAAGAGAUCUUGUGCUCUUCAAAACAGGAAACACAGGAACCUAUACUUGGAGACUUGGGCAUUGUGUAUGCACAUCGAAAUGAAGAUAUCAUCAACGGUGGAAGGACAACAACAUCAACAUCAUCUCAGAGGUUCAAUGGAGAGUGUAACAGCAAUGAGAACUUGGAUCAAAAGAAGAAGAGGAAGAUGAAGAUGAAAGGUGGUAGUGAAGAGGAAGGUAUGUAUUUUUCAAACAGGGAACGAAAAAGAGAGAAGUACAAGAUGUUAGCUGAGUUUAAAGGUAUGGAGAUAAUGGAGUUUAGUAGAUGGGUAUUGUCAGCUUCUCCAUUUGUUAGAGAGAAGCUACUUCAAGAAUUUUCAAACAGAGUCAAAGUAUCAGAUUUCCUGAUGUAGAAUUUUGCUAAUUCACUGUAUAUAAAACAAAAACCUUUUAGAUAUUUCCCCUUGGUUUUACAA